UGUCCCCGCCGUGCUCCCCCCCGCAGGACGAGGACGGGCUGGUGCGGGGGCUGUCGGUGCUCUGCAACCUGGCCGACCAGCUGUACUACCCCUGCGAGCAUGUGGCCUGGGCGGCCGACGCCGGCGUCAUCCCCGCGGGCUCCCAGAGGUGGUGGACGCUGAGCACGGGGCUCUGGGCCUGCUCCCUGCUCCUGGGCAUCCUGCGAUCUCUGAGAAUCUUGUUCCGGUUGAGAAGAAAGCUGCGGCAGCACAAGCGCGGUACGUCUUCACCUCCAAGUGGGAAGGAAGUGAGAGCCCGAGUGAAGGCUGAAGUGUUGAGCAUCCUCGCAGGCAUGGCAGAUCUCGCCAACGCAAUCCACUGGCUGCCUCCAGGAUUUCUUUGGGCUGGACGCUUUCCUCCGUGGUUAGUAGGUCUCCUGGGGACCGUAUCUUCCCUGAUUGGUAUCUACCGGGCAUCUAGAGGAGGAAAUUCUGAAGCUGUCUAA